AUGCACAAAACUAUAAGAAAAAUUUUUGAUACCAAAAUAUGUGAAAGACUAGAAAGCAUGAAUAUAUUACUGGUAGGAGCUGGGGGAAUAGGAAGUGAAUUUUUAAAAAGUAUAAUUACUAUAGGGUGUAAAAACAUAGAUAUAAUAGAUAUUGAUACAAUUGAUAUAACAAAUUUAAAUAGACAAUUUUUAUUUAAAAAAAAAGAUGUAAAAAAACAUAAAUCAAUAGUGGCAAAAGAAAGAGCAUUAAAACAUCGAAAAGACUUAAAUAUUAAUGCAUAUACAUUUGAUGUGUGUACUAUGAAGGGUAGUGAUAUUUCAAAAUAUGAUUAUGUAAUAAAUGCGUUAGAUAAUAUUAAAGCUCGAAAAUAUGUUAAUAAGUUAUGUAUAACGGAAAAAAAAGUUUUAAUAGAAGCAGGGAGUACAGGAUAUAAUGGACAAGUUUAUCCAAUAUUUUCAAGUGAAACAAAAUGUUAUAAUUGUGAAGAAAAACCAAAAAAUAAAACCUAUGCAAUAUGCACUAUAAGGCAAACACCAUCUUUACCUGAACAUUGUGUUGCAUGGGGAAAACUUAUUUUUGAAACAUUUUUUUGUAAAAAUGACAAUGAAACAUUAAUUGAUAUAAAAAAACAUAUUGAAGAAGAAUCAAAGAAAAGAAAUAUGGAUAAAGAAGAGAUUAUCCGAUUUAUUUUUAAUUAUUUAUUUCAUGAUACAAUAAAUGAAUUAAUUUCUUUAAAAAAAGAUUAUGCAAUUAUGCCCAAACCAAUAUUGUUUGAAGAAAAUUUAAAACAGGAACCUCAUAAUAUUGAAAAGUUAAGCCAGGAAAUGCCAAACAGCAAUUUGAAAACAAAUGAUAAUAAACUAAUUGAUAAAAUAUAUGAAAAUAAUUCUAUACAAUUAUCUUCUCAAAAUAUAUGGAAUAAAGAAAAGUGUAUAGAAAUGUAUGUAAGUACUUUUAAUAAAUUGUAUAAAUAUUUAAAUAUUAAAAAAACGACAGAAGAAUAUUUAAUAUUUGAUAAAGAUGAUGAUGAUUGUAUUAAUUUUAUAACUUGUUUAUCUAAUUUAAGAAUGAUUAACUUUUCAAUUAAACAAAAAAGUAAAUUUGAUAUACAAUCAAUAGCAGGAAAUAUAAUUCCCGCUAUUUCAUCAACAAAUGCAAUUGUUGCUGCUUUUCAAGCUGCUCAACUUGUCCAUGUUAUUGAGCAUUUUGAACUUUUAAAAGAAAAGGAAACCGAACAAAAUGGAAAUAAAAAAAAAGAAAUAAGUUUGAGGGACAGUAGAGCUAAACAUAUAUGGAUUAAAAAUGUUGUUAAUGGAAAUAAAAUAUUUUCACGAGGAAAUAUCGUUAACGCAGAAAAUUUAGAAACACCCAAUCCAAAUUGUUAUGUAUGUCAACAACCAGUGAUAAAUAUUUAUAUCAAAAAUUUUAAUGAUAUAACAUUAAAUAGUUUUGUAAAAGAAAUAUGUAUGAAUGAAUUAUCAUUUCUAUAUCCAUUUUUAGAUAAUCAAGAUAGAAAUAUAUUUGAUUAUGAUACAUUUUUAGAAAAUGAUGAUGAUUAUAUGAAAAGCUUAUCGAAUUCAUUACACGAAUGGGAUAUUAAGCAUGAUGAUAUUUUAACUUUAACAGAUGCUCAAGAUACUAAAAAUCAAAUAGAAAUUCAUUUAAAAGAGGAUAAAUCACUGGAAAGUUUAUAUUUAAUAAGUAGCAAAUUAACCAAAAAAAGAAAACCAAAGGUGACAACAAUCGAAGAAAGACCCACGAAAAGUGCAAAAAAAAUGAAAUUCAUUCCAGAGGAUGAUAUUAUUAUUGUGGAGAAAAUGGAAACGAAUAACGAUAAAAAAGUUGAAGAAAUAAUAAUCGACAACAUUGAAAAUAAUGAAGAAUCUGUCGUAGUAAUUGAUUAA